AUGGCCUCUCAAGCUCUUCGCGCCAAGCAAGCACCACUCAAGCAGCAAUACAAGGACGACCCAAAUGCCGCCAUCAUUACGCUCAAUGCCUCGGGUACCCUCGAYUCCAGCAGCAUAACCUGCAAGCUUGACACCGGAAAGCAAGCAGCUGCCGCCGAAGCAAAGAUUGCAGGUCUGCAUCAAAAGUCUGGUGGGGAUGGAUUCGAGAUCUCGGGCGAAUUGUGCAGUGGAGACAUGCUGUUGGAGGCUCUAGUGGCAUGUGCGGGUGUCACACUCAAGGCCGUUGCAACGGCGAUGGGUAUUCCCAUCAAGUCGGGCACGGUCAAAGCGGAGGGAGACCUCGACUUCAAGGGGACCAUGGGCGUGGACAGAGAGGCUCCCGUCGGGUUCAAGGACAUCCGUUUGGCGUUUGAUUUGAAAUUCGAAGAUGGAGAAAUUGUACCCGAUGAGACGGUUGAGAAGCUGGGCAAACUGACCGAGCGAUACUGUGUGGUCUUCCAGACCAUCGCGAAGAAGCCGUCACUCAGCGUGUCGUUGCAUGGAAGUCAGAGGGACCCGGAAGAUCCCAGCAUCGAAAAGGGCACUGCUUGGGGACAAAAGUCGUAA